ACGUAUUUUGGCAAACCUCGAGCAAAACUGUGAUAUAUUUGAAUCGUUUUUUAUAAUUUACAAGUGAUAUUUAGUGAAAUUUAACCUCAAGAUGGCUUUUAACUUUGAUAGUGGGCAGUUCAACCAAGAAACAACACCUAAAAGAAUGGGCAACUGGCAAGUGCGGAGAUGGUCACCAACUCGUGCGCGCCCGCUUGAGAUGCGACCUGACCCGAAGCCCAUUUGCGACAUCAACGGACACUUCCUACCCGGAGCACCAAAAGGAUCUUCUAAGUGUUUCGGACACUUCACGGGAACUUGGGACUUGCCUAGAAAAAUAAAUAGGAAAGUUGCGGAGGAGCUAGCGAAGGAACCACCAGCUGACAGAUUUGCGGAUUGGUUGCACCCCCGCGUCCAAAGACCCAAGGUCGUCAGUACUUCAAUGCGCAUGCGUCCUGGUAAGCGUGGCAAAGCUGUUACUGAAGAAAAGGAAAAGGCGCCCAGUACAGAACCGUUCCAAGAUCAAGAUAACGAAAUUAACGCGGAUGUAAAUAUCGAUAAGGAAUCUCAUAUCCUUUCCGAACGCAAAGAGGACGACCCUUUAGGAUUACAAGCAGACAACAACGAACCGGUCGAUAGCAACGGACAUGGCCCGUAUGUCCCCGGUUCUGUAACAGAUCCAAAAAAUAGACACGAAAGCUAUGAUAUUUUAUUAAAAGAUUCGCUCGAGAAAAUACACGGACCUAAAGAACAUCCAACAGAUCAUUUUUGGCGAAAAGUUGCCGAAAACGCUAAACACCAUGAACAAAUCGACGAGACUAUGAAAUACGAAAAAAAGAGCGAAACCCCAAAACUUCCUUACGUGAAUGUGUCGCAAAAUUUCCAAUUCGCAAAGAAAAUGCACGUUGGGAACUUAGAGCAUCAGCCCUUGCCUGACACGUUAGGAUACCGUCACUUAACCAAAGUCGGGGAGCAUCGAGAUUCCGAUAUAGUCGUCAAGCCAUACGCUAUUGGAUGGAAGGGUUACGGUGCCUCGGGGCCUACGUGCUGCACCAAAAUGCGCGUCCACAGACCUAAGACCUGUGACCCCAAAAAAACUGAAAACGAAGUUGACGAAAAAAAACAGCGUCCGUCGACGUCCGCUUUGGAUUUGGGAGGACAAUAUAAAAAGCCAAUGUCUCUCAUGGAUCUCGCAAUAUGUUGGGAUUUUAGACCCGAUGAUGCUAAAUUGGAACCUUCGCCGCCCAAACAUAUCGAUGGCUCUAACGGUUCUAAAGCCCCUGCAGUGUUUACUAUGGUGCACACUCCAAAGGAGGAAAUUCAAAAUCCAGUCAGUCAUUCCGUCCCGAUUUUUAAUAAGAAUAGAAUCGUGGAAGACAUGGGACAUCAUCCGGUUCCAUACUUCGAAAAAGAUAUGACGAAAGAGAAACGCAAGGAUUCAUGCGAUGUACAAUAUUGCUCACAGCACAAUGCUAAUAAUAUCAAAUCAAGGUCUUCGAGUAGAAAAAGUUCUUCAACGUCCGUCAGAAACGACAAAUGUGACGGAGUGCACGGCUGUGGUACGCCGAGCUCUGUCAGCAGAAGCUCUAACGGCAAAAGACCUGAUGAAUUGCGAACGGUAAAAGACGCUUGGAAUUCAAACAACGAGAAAAAUAAUAAUGUUAACGCUCAUCAAAAAAGAAACAGUUUGGAAUCGUACGAUAAAACACCACUAGCUCAGGGAAAAUUACAUCAAAGUUCACCGAAUGAGUCAAUUUCGAAACAUUCGAAAGAUCCCUCGAAUAACGUCAAGCAUAAGCAUUGUUUUUCCUGUAACGGUGUUAAAAUUUUGCAAGAGCCGAAACAAAAGGAGGACUACAAGUUCGCAUUUAAGGCGGGGAAUCCUAAUUCCGUGCAGAGUGUGAGUUCGAGCGAUUCGAAGAACAUAAAGAUGCCUAAGAUGCGUCAUCCGUACACAAAGAAGUCAUACACGAUAGCGACACUAGCGCCCCCGUUUAGUAUCUGGCGCGAUGCGAACGCUACCGGCUACCCGGAGCACUGGCGGCUGGCGAGCGUCUAUCAGCACGCAUAUAAACCUCCGGAGCAACGCCGUAAACCUCUCAUUAACAGUGUAUACCAGUGAAACGACCAUCUUUUCGUCCCAUCUCACAUUUUAUGAAAGGUGACAAGACAAAUGAGUCAAUGAAA